CAAAAUUAUUUCUAAGAAAAAUGUAACAAUCUCUAUCUUUAUAUACAUCUAUACAGAUAUUGCUGACUGUUUUGUUGUGUUUCUUCAUCAAACUGUAAUGCAUGCUAAAAUGAAUUGGCCUUGAAGGGAAAUGUGUUCACAAAUGCUAGUACGCCUUUAUGUUUGUAUGGGAAAGGGAAAGGGUAAGUGAUGCAUAAAAUUUUGAAAUCAAGUGUUGAAAAAGAAGGAUACUUACUCACAUGUUGCAUCAUUACAUCACCAAAUCUGUUGUAUUAUUAACAUACAUAGAUUUUACAAGUCUUUCAGUUUUAAAAAAUAUGUUUGUGUGUGGUGCCAAUGCAUUUCAUCCUUAAGGUCAAAUAUUGGAAGAUAUUUUCCCAUUGACUAGGCUGCUUUAAAGAUGGUGCACUCAUGGUCCCUUCUUGAAAUGGGUUGGCAUGUUUUAUAUUCCAUUUCAAGCCCUUCUCAAGAUUUUACAUUUCACUAAACUCGCUCGCUCUUGGCUAUUGGAAUUGUAUAUAUCGAUUACAGUAAAUACUGCAGACCUGCAUAGAAAUGUAUGAAAUAUAUCCUCUCAAAAAGACGUAAACUGGGGUCAGGUAUGCUCAUGUACAGUUUCUGUAGAUGGCAGAUUAACUUAAGUUAUUAAUCUAAUUAAGUCUGUAACAUGAAUGUUGAAAGAAUUAAGAUGAUCACAGAAUGAUCCUGAUGGCUCUAGACAGGUAUAGCAGCACUGAGUAGGAUUAUAAAAUGACAUUGAGGGGACCACACAUGCUGUUCUGGUCUGAGGUGUGGGUUACAGCACUGUGACACUCAGUAAAGCCAGAUGUAUACAACAGUCACUGAAGGGGGAAUUAAAGUCCUUGGACCUAAAUCCUGUUUGGCAUAUGUUCAAUGUGGGAUGGACAGGAUGAUGCGCACACACACACACACGCACGCAAACCCACACAACCUUCACCCGCAGUCAGUAAUGAUGAACUGCUACAGAUGCUUCGGUUGAAAUGAAGUAUCUGGCCUUCAAUCUACACACGUGUUCAAAGGAAUUUUAACACAUUGUAGGCUAACAAGCAUAUUUAUGUUCAUCAUACUUAAGGUAGUUUAGGACUUUCCACAUGGAAAGAUUACUGAAAAUGUUAUAUAAAAUGAUGUCAAAUUAGAUCUAUGGAAAGCAUUUUGCCGAAUAUACAGUAAAAACAGUUAGGUUCCUGUUUUACACCACAAUCCUUGCCAUAUUCAAAAUGAAUUUACCACCUUUCUGUAAAGAAAACCAAAUGUUGAUGUUGGCAUCAAAUACAUUGUUAAGCGCUCCUACCAAUACAUGCCCCUUAGUGAGCAGUUUGUGUUUAAUUUUACAAAAACUACUCCCAGUAGUAAAUGUUUUGUGAAUAUGGCCCUCUAUGCAAAUGUGAUCCUAGGAAUCCGUUUGCUGUGCAAUGACGCUGAAAAAUACGUAUUUUCUGUGCUGUCGGAGAACUUCUAGUUUUACAUUUGCAAAAAUCAUGCAAGGCUUUUUUUGGUUGUUUAUAACCAAAUCAAUACACUUAUUAUUAUUGUAUUAUUAUUUGUUUAUUUAGCAGACGCCUUUAUCCAAGUUGACUUACAGAGACGGUGUGUGAACUGUAUGCAUCAGCUGCAGAGUCACUUACAAUUACGUCUCACCCGAAAGACGGAGCACAAGGAGGUUAAGUCAGUGACUUGCUCAGGCCAGGUCACACAAUGAGUCGGUGGCUGAGGUGGGAUUUGAACCGGGGACCUCCUGGUUACAAGCCCUUUCCUUUAACCUCUGGACCACAGCCUCCUCCUCACUUAUCAUAUAUAAUCAAACACAGGCAAUUUUGCUUUAAAUUUAGUAAACAUACUUGUUCAAUAAAACUGCUUCAGACACACGUCACAUUUAUGUUAAAACGUAGCUGCAGUUUACUUCAGUGCGUUUUUACUACUCAAAAAGCUGUUUAACGAUGACGAAAAUGAUUUAAAAAAAAAAAAAAAAAAAAAAAAAAUCACCCCUAAAGAUCGGGUCAAUGAGUUUGGCAAUAGCCAUCCAGGUGACUGUGGUAUACUUAGCGUUAAGGUAUUAUACUGCUCCAAUAUUGUUUGUAAAAUGUGGUCCCUAAGUGGUUUGUAAUUGUUAGACGGUCCCCCAAACAGUAAACAACAGGAGAAUUUAAAAUGGCUGUCUGCAUGUUGCCUGUUCAAGUUUAAUAAACACAUUUGUUAUUUACCCUGGCUUCUGAGUGAAUACAUUACAGUGACAAUGACUAACUCGAGAUAAACUAAUAUAGAUACUAUUUUUUAGUCUUUAUUAUUAAUACACAGACGUAUUUGUAAUGUUUAAAGUAAAAUAAUACGUGUGCUGAUUGAUGGCACUGGUGAGCUUGUAACUUCCUUCGAAUCUGAAGUGUACCAAUAAAUACUUCAUGUAUUGCGGAAACCUACGACCCCUGCUUAUCUGUCACAAUGUGAAGAUCAUUCUUUUUUCUUGCGGGAAACUACUAGGUAACUACAAAACUGCAGAUCAGAAAAGAAGCACCCGAGUCUCUCAUCAUGGAUAAACUCCAGGGUAUAGAUUCGCAUAUUGUGAUAAUUGGAUGUGGUAUGUCAGGUAUAGGAGCUGCCCUAAAACUCACCAAAGAGGGUUUUAAAAACAUUAAAAUAAUCGAAGCUACCGGAAGAAGUGGUGGAAGGAUUAAAACGACUACAUUCGGAAAUGUGAUUGUGGAGAUUGGAGCCAAUUGGAUCCAUGGUCCAUCAAAAGCAAACCCUGUGUUUCAGCUGGCCUGUGAGCACGGGCUGCUGGACUCCCAAGCCAUGUCUGAGGAAAACCAGGCUCUUGAUGUAGAGGGUCACCCCUCUUUCCAAUCUUUUUACUCUAGUUCUGGGAAUAAACUCACACCAGAAUUAACCAAGUCUGUGAGUCAACUUUUCUUGACUCUUUUGGGAAAAAGUAAAGAGUUUAUCCUAACUGAAAAGGAGCCUUACCCCAGUGUUGGGGAGUUUCUAAAGAAGGAAAUUGCGAAGCAUGCUGUAGAAUGGAAAGAUGAUGCAGAAACCAAAAAACUGAAACUGGCCUUGCUGACCAUGAUGCUGAAAUUGGAGUGCUGCUUCAGUGGAACUCAUAGUAUGGAUCUGGUAGGACUUGGAGCUUUUGGGGGUUACAAAACACUGCCUGGCCUGGAUUGCACUUUUCCUGGGGGCUAUGAAGGUCUUAUAGAUGCCAUGAUGAAAGGAUUACCAGAAGGCAUUGUGUCGUACAACAACCCAGUUAAAUGUGUCCACUGGAACUGGUCAUUCAGAGGUGCAAACUCUCCAGAGCAGACAUUCCCUGUGAUGGUGGAAUGUGAAAAUGGAGAAACUGUCCCAGCAAACCAUGUCAUUGUCACUGUUCCAUUAGGUUAUCUCAAAGAGCACUAUGAGACACUUAUAAAUCCUCCUCUACCUCUUAGUAAAGUGCACUCUAUUCAAAGGAUGGGCUUUGGGGCAAAUAAUAAAAUAUUUCUGGAGUUCGAGGAGCCCUUCUGGGAGCCCGACUGUGAGGUGAUUAAUCUGAUUUGGGAGGAUGAGACUCUCCUAGCUGAUGUGAAGCCUGAUGUUAAUCAGGUCUGGAUGAAGAAAAUCUUUGGUUUCACAGUCCUUCAUCCACCUGAAAGAUAUGGUCAUGUUCUCUGUGGCUGGAUUGCAGGCCAUGAAUCUGAAUACAUGGAGACCCUUUCCGAUACAGAAGUUAAAAACUCCAUGACGGAGGUCAUUCGCAAAUUUACAGGAAAUCCAUCAAUUACUCCAAAGAGGAUUCUUCAAUCGAAAUGGCACAGCGACCCAUACACUAAAGGUUCUUACAGCUAUGUGGCAGUAGGGUGCUCAGGAAGUGACAUAGAAAACAUUGUACAGCCGCUUCCUUUGCAAGAAACAGAUACAAAGCCUUUACAGGUUCUGUUUGCUGGAGAAGCCACGCAUCAGUCAUUUUAUUCAACUACCCAUGGUGCCUUGCUGUCUGGCUGGAGAGAAGCAGACAGACUGAUCACUCAUUACACUCAAAGUCCUCUAAUAUCUCAGAACUUCAGUUCAAAGCUGUGAACACUCUACUUUCCCUAUCUGAUUAAUUAUUUGCAGAGGGAGAGAAUGAAGAAUGAGACAUGUAGUAUGCUUUUCAGUGCCUUAAGCCUGAAAAUAUAUAUAUUUUUUGUAUAUUGUCACAAAUCGUAAAUCACAACAUGCUCAAAAGUAUGCUUUAUAAUCCAAAUUGGUUUAAAGUUUGAUUUAAAAAUAUAAUUUUAUGAAACUUACAUACCAAUAAAUAUGAUUUUUAUUUUUACAAGCAAAAAAAGAAAAAAAAAAAAAUCUCCAUCUAUUAGCAUCACAAAUGUUUAAAUAUGCUUUCAUAAAUUGUUCUUUUAACAGGCUAUCCUUAGUAAUUCACAAAUGCUAUACAAUAAAGAAAAACACCAUCUAUAAUUUUGUUCAAAAGAUUGUGAGAAACAGCUAACUGGUUCCCUGGUCAUAUGGCAAAAGAGAGUUCUCAAACAACUGAAAAGUGAAGGUGUGGGCAAUGUUCUCUUUGCUGACUGCUUAACACAGAGAGAUGAGAAUGUGAAGAAGGUGGUUCCAGUGGUUACAGAGCAAAUUGAAAGCAGCCCCCGGUUUCACAGGACAGAGAUAUAGUGCUGCAGUUUACAAGUGUUUUUCUUUACUAUGUCCAGAACAUGGAGUAUUGCCUAUUGGUGAUAGGUAUACCAAAUGUUGGGAAAUCUUCUUUUGUUAAUGCCUUACGAAGAAUGCAUUUAAAAAAAGGAAAGGCUUCCAAAGUUGGAGGGGAACCUGGUAUAACUAAAGCUGUCUUGUCUAAAAUUCAGGAACUAUAUUAGACCAUUUAGUUGGUGAAGAUGUCCUAGCAGAUUUACCUUCUUUAUACAUUGAACAGACAUGACAAAUUAAGGUAAAUCUAUAAAUCUGAGAUUAUAUUUUAGUUUCAGUUUUGAUUUUAUUAAUGUUAACACUUUACUGUCUUUCCAGUUAUGUUGAUAAGUAUGGGUUGGGGGAGCCUUGUCAUGACAUCCAGCAUGUUUUGAAAAAGAUUGCAGUUCAAAUGGGGAAAAACUCAGUUAAAGCCAUCACUGGAGUAGGUGAGUUAUUGAAUAUCUGUCAGAACAUCCUUUACAUGACUGGUCAACCAAACGCACACCAAACAGGGAAACUGUACAUUAUGUAAUAGUCAGACUCUCUUUUUUUUCCAGUUAAACAUAGCUCUUAUUUUUCCUCAGGUUCAAGCUUUUAUUAAUACAGGACACAUACAGUAAAUCUUUGAAAAUAGGUUUCAGAGUUCUAGACAUUCCAGACUUGGACACCCUCCAUUCCCUCUGUGUUUAAGUUCUACUGUAUGAAAUCUCAUGAAUAGAGCAAAUGAAAGGGGGUUUGAGAGUGUAGUUUUCUUUUUUUAUAAUAUAAUUGCAGUAUAAGAUUUAUAAAAGUGGUCUAACAUGUAAUACAAACACCACAACAGUGAGCUGUCUGUGUAGUUCAACUGUAAAAAAGCAAAUCUUUUGAAAUGGAGGCUUCUGAGCUUUGAAUUGCUGUGUAAUAGUGCUUGAUGUAUACCUUUGUUUUACGGGUUAUCACUAUCACAGUGCCAAACUAUAGUGCUGCAGCCUAUGAUUUCAUCCAAGUAUUCAGGAAAGGAGAACUAGGUAGGGUGAUGUUGGACUGAUUGACCAAACUCUUUGGGUAAAGAUAAGCUGGUGUGUCUACAACGUGAAACAAACUGGAGACUCAACUAAUAAAACUCAUUGUAUAAUAACGGGUUUCUUGCAAAUGGAAUUAUUUUUAUGUAAAAGCAUAAAGUAGUAAUUAAACUGAUUUUAUUUAAAUAUCAUGUCCUGUUGUUGCAUUGCAUUUUCAAAGUUCUCUCUCACAUGAUGGUACAAUACAGUAACGUAGCCUUUAGAACUUAGUGUAUCUAUUAUUAAUACAGUCGUGUACCUUGGACUGGAGAGGGGUCACGUGAGUAGAUAAGUCCAUCUACGUGCAAUAUCCAUUUGCGUCAAAUAAGCACAGAAAUCAUCGUCUUUUUCAUUGGAAAAUCUUUCAUUGGAAAAUCUUAAACGGCUAUUUUAAGUGUGAUUUAGUCUGUGAUGCACAAGAGAAUUUGAUUCUACUCCAGAAAUAACAAGUUGUUUCAUACUCUACAUCCCAAGAUUAACCUGUUAAUCCUAUUUUAUCUGGUAAAGAUUUAUUUUCCCCCUGCUGAACUUUAAUGCCUUCUUAAGCCAUAUUUAUUAGAGAUAGAUUGUGCCAGCCAGUAUAGGAUUAUUAUUAUUAUUAUUAUUUCUGUAAUGACAUCACUCUGGUAUUGAGAUGCAUUAAUAAUCUAAAUUUUAGAAAGGAUAGCUUUUGUAAUUUUAGAUUACAAAAUGGUGGCUUGGCAUACCCUGGGGCCUAUUUUAAUGAUCCAAAUCGUGGUUAAUCUUAAUCAUGAUGCUCUCAUCUUGGACUGAUUGACGAAACACGAGGAAUCUGUACUGUGAAACUCAAGGUAUUGCAUGCAUCCAAUCAUUUAUCUCUUUAAUGCCACCAGUGCUAUAGAGCCCAAACAUUUUUUCAGAAAAAGAAAGAAACCUAAAAUACAAGAAAUUUAGAUUUUGUUUAUUUUUUUAUUUUUUUUACAAAUAUGUAAACUAUAAUCACAUACAAACAUCAAAACACAUCAUUUAAAAUAGAUACAUAUUUAAAAUAGACAAAAGACCUGGAGAAAGAUCAAUGUUCCAGCAUGUGAUAAAAAAUAACCAUUUAUCUACAACACCACUGCCUCACAUCAACAACUGAAGCAUAAAGUAUGGUAAAUGGCACAUUCAUUGUAUUUACCAGUUUGUUGCUCUGUUUGUAUUAAUAUACACAAUAUAUCUUACACAAUAACUUUUAGGCAUUGGCUGCUAUAAAAUAUUGUAAUAUGCAAUAGCAAACUUCUGUCUACACAACAAUACAUAUAUUUAUUUAUAAAUGUAACAAAAUUGGAAUUGAGUCUAUACACAACUUGACCCUGAAAGCACAUACAUUCAGCUGAAAAAGACUUAACACCAAACAAACGACAGAAAAUAAUUUCAUCAAAGUAUCACAUAAUAUAUAGUGUUUGUUUUGAUUUUGAACUCUUAUUUAAAUUGAGGUCUGCAGUAAAACACAAAUGUAAACUUUUUGAUUAUGGGACAUGUUUUGGUAGUACAAUGGAAA